UCCAAAAAGAGAUCUGGAGAAAGCGAGAUUGGCCUGCGACUGGCUUCAUACGCAAUAACUCAACAAUCAUUUUCUAUGGAAAAUCCAAACGCCAUUUCCCAGGAUUCAAGAAGCAAUGUUUCUCCACAACAACCACCGAUCGAGGAUCGACAGUCAACGAAUUGAGUCUCAUUGCUCCUCCUUUUCACGAUUCUAGAAAACUGAAAUAGGUUGUUGUCCUUCUUCUUUUCAAUUUCCACUUUCUUUUACUAAAAUAACACCAGUGAAUGAAUGUCGAUUCUUGCCCUUCAUAUUUUUGAUUCACAGUUUCUUUUCUUGAAAUUAAGACGAAAUCGAUACUAGAAUCUGUUUAGAAUCAAAGUAUGAGAGUUUCUAACCUUCUGAUGUAGUAUAUAUAAGUUCUACUUUCUAGUAUUCAAGAAAUUUAUGAUUAUUUUGUGCAAUUUGUUUUUUUUAUAUGAAUAUCUAUCUUUUAUUUUUUAACUUAAUAAUUUUAUUAUGUGUAGAAUCUAAUACUUGGGCAUUAACCUUCUGAACCUAGUGAAUAUCUACCUUCUAACUGUGAAUUGUAUGUCACAGUCUUCUCCAUUUUUUAAACACUUUCUUAUUUGUCUUUUUUUUUUUUUUUUCCAACUACUUGGAGUUGCUUUCUUCACUACAGAUGGAUUGAAAGCCGUGGAUUUCUGAAAGAUAAUAUUUUUAAUUUUUUUUCUUUGUCUUCUCUAAACUUCAUAAAUCUAUGUUGUGUUUGGCUUUUUCAACUGUUUAAGAGUUUAUUCACAAACAACCAAUAAUAUUUGCUCUCUUAGUCAUAGUUUUUUUUUUCUUUAAUCUGUUUGAUAUGUGGUUUUGAUGGCCUCGUAUUACUUAGAUUUGCUGAACAUGUUUUCUAGAAAAUAUAUGUUUGGAAGUGAAAAACGAAAAAAAAAAUCUGAACAAUCUAAUGAAACUCAAAGAGUAUCUAUUCAUAAGGUUUUAAAAAAAAUUAUGCUGAUGUACAAGAAAUUGAUGAAACUGUUGUAAAUGAGCAAAAAUAUGUUUUAAAUUUCACUAUUUUUCUUUGUUAUGUAUAUUUCUUAGCAUGUUCUGGCUUUUUUUAUUUUGUUGAGGUUUGUAUCAAUAGUUGUUAGGUUAUUUGGCUUACGGCCUGUCUCAAAGCUUUUUUCUUUCCAAACCAACAAUUGUACUAAUUUUUAUCUAAUUAAUAAAAAAAUUCGGAGAUGUAACCCUACUUUAUUGCAAAAAGGCCCAAUUUUUUUAUUUUGCCCAGGCCUCAAAUUGUCUUGGACCGGAGUGAAGACCCAGUGAUUGAUCGAAUACUCUAUGAAAUAAAGUCUGAUCUCAUAAGUGAAAGUUGCAAGAAGUUGCUCUUGCUGGGGAGGACGUAAAUAUUCUUUUGAAUUGGAAAUGCUAAAACUUUUUUCACGGUGGCGCCACGACUUCCAUAGCCACAACCGACCACAAAUCCUCCGUCACCUAACACAAUCCCAUUUUGAAGACGACCCACCUUUUUCCCCAAUCCUAAAACCCCAAAAUCAGAAGAACAAGAAACUCAAAGAAGACGCAUCAAACAAGAAACCCCAAAACGAAUUCCCUAUAAAAUCAAAUCUACCCUUUGAUUUCAGGUACUCGUACUCUGAGACCAACCCUAGCCUCGAACCCAUUGGGUAUCGAGAAACCCCCAAAUUCUCUCCUUUUGGGCCGGGUCGACUUAACCGGAAAUGGAGUGGAACAGUGGCUCCAUUGCAGCAGGCCGCCGACAUGGCCAAGGUUGAAGAAGAGAGGAAUGCGGUUCUUGGGAAUCCGUUAUCAGAGGAAGAAGUAUCUGAACUCGUUGAAAGAUAUCGACACAGUGAUUGCUCUCGCCAAAUCAAUUUAGGAAAGGGUGGGGUUACACACAACAUGAUUGAUGACAUCCAAAACCAUUGGAAGAAAGCCGAAGCUGUGAGGAUCAAAUGCUUAGGAGUCCCGACUCUUGAUAUGGACAAUGUCUGCUUCCACCUCGAGGAAAAAUCUGGUGGGAAGAUCAUAUACAGACAGAUUAACAUCUUGCUGCUGUAUCGUGGACGAAAUUAUGAUCCCAAAAAUAGACCUGUUGUUCCUUUAAUGCUAUGGAAGCCAUAUCCACCAAUUUAUCCGAAGCUCAUAAAGAAUGUUGCUGAUGGCUUGACAUUUGAAGAAACAAAGGAAUUGAGAAACCGAGGACUUAACUCUCCUCCACUAAUGAAACUAACAAGAAAUGGUGUGUAUGCUAAUGUGGUUGAAAAAGUGAGAGAGGCUUUUGAAGUUGAACAAGUAGUGAAGCUCUGCUGUGCACAUGUGGGUAUGAGUGACUCCAAAAGGAUCGCUGUGAAGCUAAGGGAUCUGGUCCCUUGUGUGCCUAUAUUGUAUAAAGAUGAACAGAUCAUUCUCUGGAGUGGGAAGAAAGCCACGGAAAAUACUUUGAAUGAUUUGGUUACAUGCAAGAAGGAACGAGACAAUUUCAUUGACUUGGUGAUGAAGGUGAUUGAAAAACCACUUAAUGAUCAUCUCCCAUUAAUUGAAGCCCGCAGGUUGCAAUCGACACCUUGAAUGGUAAAAAGUUGGGCUUAUAUUUUCCUGCAUCCUGGUGUGACCCAUGUCAAAAGUAUACCCCAAACCUAGUUAAAACCUAAUUGUUGUUUUUGUUAGGGUUUGGGUGCUGGACCAAGCUCUGGAACACCCUGUUAU